AUUGCUGGAUUCAGAGGCUAGCUGUAAACCGCUUCUGAUGAUAACAUGCCUCCCUUUUCUUAUCAUAGAGAGAAGAAAAAAGGGAAAAGGGGGAAGCCGAUGCUAAAAGGGAAAUAGGGGCUUUAGACCUCUUAAACUGCUCCCUGCUGUCUAGGAGCAUUAUCAGUUUUGGGAUGUAGCUGACUUUCACCAUCCAGGCCCACUUGAUAGUUGUGUAAAAGGAACUGUUUGACUUUUUGGUUAGAAAAUUUUGAAUUUGUCUUUGAAGGAAUGUGGAAACAAGAUUAGUGAGGCAGGGAGGAAAUAGUAGCUCCAGGAAAAUGGAGAGAAGAGGCAUUAAGAAGGGCAGUAUCCUAUUUCCAUGUAGGGUUUUGAAAAACCCAGGAAUUGGAGGCCUCAUGCUGUUCCCUGCAUUUCUGGAUGUCUGAUUGCAGCUGAUGGAAUGUAUUUCUUACUGCCCCAAAUUCGUUGACAUAGAAACAGCAUUCUUCCUGGAGAAGCAGACAAAGACCACCUUCUUUAGCUGUCAGGACAUCUAGUCCCUGUCAGUUUUGAAGCACAACUGCUGCCAAAGAAUCGAUCUUUUUCUGGAUGAUGAGCAUGGUUUCAUACAUUCCUUGGAAACCAUUGUCAAGCUGGGAUAAGAACUUCUUGUAUAGAGCUAGGGAAGUCAUUGGCCCUGCUGUUCCAGUGCCAGCACCUGUAGCUACUCCUGCAGCAACCAGGAAUGGCACAACCUGCAGUGCCCUCUUAUGCUGGACAGGUAUAUGUCAAAAACUGGAAUUGGUAGAGAUUCUUUGCCAUGUAUUACUCCUAGUUCAGGAAAGGAACACCAGUGUGCAAACUCCUCCUGACCAACUGGCAGGUAUGCUACAGGUACAUAGGAGGGUCCCAGAUGGUGACCUAAAUUUCCAAAUGUUGGUAUCAGGAAUUGCUUUUGCCUCCAGCAAUGAUGUCAUCUGGUCACCUGAGCAUCUGUUGUCAAGGCAACGGUCAUCCAUUUCCAGCAUACAUUUCAUGUUACAGUCACACCACAUUUCACAUAAAAGGCAGAUCCUUUCUACCCUCUUCCACUUGUCUCUCCUCUCUUCCCUUUUUCUCCUCUCUUUCUCUCCUACCUCUCUUCACCCUUUGGCCUUUGUCUCUACCAUUCCAAUAAACCUCUCCACGUGGAGCCCUGUUGGCCUGCUGUGGUUUGUCCAAACGUGAGCCAUAGAGCCUCUCUGUAAAAGACAAUGUAAAAGGUGGUAUGUGUAUGGCUACUUAAAAAGACAACCAAAAGCCAUCAGUGGCUGAGCAAAGGGGAAAGUGAAAGGAAAUGGAUUCAUUGGAGUUCAAACAACCUGAUAACAUUUUACAUUUUAUGCCCAGGUUUCCUGCC